AUGUGUCACAACCCACUGCGCUCCACAACAGGGAAGUGAACUGCACUUCCUAUUUCCUCGGCGUUACUGCUGUUUACUGACUUAACCAGAAAUCGAGAGGAUGACAAACGAAUGGACCACGUUUGACGCACGGUUUAUAAAUGAAUAUGAGCAGUAAAUAAAACAGAUCGCCCGGUUCGGAUCCAGUUCUGCGCGCGUAAUGGGAGCGUCGCGUGCGCGGGCGGCACUUUGAUAAAACAAGCGACUGAUGUUUCCAAGUUUUAUAUGUUAGUGGCUGAAGACGAUUCAAGAUGAAGAAACAGUUCAACCGCAUGAAACAGCUCGCCAACCAGACCGUUGGCAGAGCAGAGAAGACCGAAGUACUGAGUGAUGACCUUCUUAUGAUCGAGCGGCGCCUUGAAAACAUGCGAUUGGUCUCCCAUAAUGUGCACAAGAAGAUGGUCAUGUGUCUGCAGAGCAACGUGGGCUCAGAUGUGGACAAGAGACAUAAAAAGCUUCCUAUCACAGCCCUUUCACAAUCCAUGCUGGAUGGAGGAAGUCAGCUCGGAGACGAGUCCCUCAUCGGGAAGAUGAUGGAAGUCUGUGGAGAUGCUGAAAACAAACUGGCCUUGGAGCAGAGCCAACAUGAAGUUCAGCUGGAGAGAGAUUUUCUGGAGCCUCUCAACCAGCUGGCGGAGGUGGAGAUUCCUAACAUCCUGAAGCAGAGGAAACAUUUAGCCAAGCUUGUGUUGGAUUUUGAUUCUGCAAAAGCCAGGUAUCAGCAGGCCACAAAGGCGUUUCCGACAGCUGCUAAUGCUCAAGCAAUGGCUGCCAAAGUGGACAUACUUAAGGAGGAGAUGGAUGAAGCCCAGAACAAAAUGGAAAUAUGCAAGGAUCAAGUGGCUGCAGAUAUGUACAGCUUUUCCUCCAAGGAAGGAGAAUAUGCUCGCUAUUAUGUGCUGUUGUUAGAAGCUCAAGCCGAAUAUCACAGAAGAGCUUUGGCGUCCAUCGAGAGCGUCCUGCCCACCAUACAUUCACAGCAAGAUAAAUGGACCGAGAAGCCAGCGUUUGGCACGGCUCUGGAAGAACAUCUGAAGCGCACUAGCAGAGAGAUCGCUCUGCCCUUAGAGGCCUGCAUUAUGAUGCUGCUGGAAACCGGCAUGCAGGAAGAGGGCUUGUUCCGUAUCGCUGCCGGAGCCUCAAAACUGAAGAAGUUAAAGGCGGCACUGGACUGUUCCACUUCCCAACUGGAGGAGUUUUACUCUGACCCUCACGCUGUAGCCGGAGCCCUGAAAUCUUACCUGAGGGAGCUGCCUGAACCUCUGAUGACCUACCAGCUGUAUGAAGAGUGGAUCCAAGCCUCCAGCGUUUCUGAUCCUGAUAAGAGGCUUCAGGCGCUGUGGGUGGUGUGUGACAUGUUACCAAAAGCGCAUAAGAACAACUUUAGGUACCUGGUGAAGUUUCUUGCAAAGCUUGCUCUGGAAAGUGACGUAAAUAAGAUGACCGCGAGCAACAUCGCCAUCGUACUGGGACCCAAUUUACUGUGGGCCAAGACAGAGGGGAGCCUGGCUGAGAUGGCAGCUACUACCUCCGUCCAUGUGGUGUCUAUAAUAGAGCUGAUAAUCAACCAUGCUAGCUGGUUCUUCCCUGAAGAUGUGGACUUCAAUGUCUCAGGCAUGUUUGCUUUGCCUGGGUGCCCGGGGACCCCUGACUUAGAAGCCGGGACCAUAGACAGGAGACGCCCUAGCAGCCAGGGGUCGCUCGAUUCUGACACAGCCCGCAAAGACAGCCCUGCUAACAAACAGCCGGAAAUCGUCCCUCGUAGAGCUGGCACAGUAAAUAAAAAGCAGCACUCCACGCCUACCUUCCAGCCCCCUCUGCCUCCCAUUGACGACGGGGGGGUUCCCGUGUUUGAGCCCUCCCCUCGGUCGCCCACUGGCAGGGGUCUGGAGGCUGGGCAGGCGGGAGCUGUGCUUCCUCAGACCCUUCAGCCUUUAGUUCAGCAGACUGUGGAGAACAGUAACAUCGCCCGAGAUCCUGUAUCCACACCCCCUGCCAUGAGGAACGGCCCGGGAGCUGUGAGUGGGACGCCCGCUCCGCUGACUGUAGGGACCCCUACCUCAGGUCCUAAGGGCCCCAGUCCAUUCUUGGGCCGCAGAGGUACAAAGAAACAAGCGCCAGCACCUCCCAGACAGAGCGUAAAAGCGGCUCCUAACCAGCCCACACCAAACCAGCCGUCAGCCCCGAGCACCCCUCAGUCUCUCCUCGCACCCCGCCGCAGCAUUCAGACCCUCAUCCAGGCCCCCAGCCACCCUCCUCCUCAGCCUCCUUCCCAGCCUCCCCCCCAGAGCACAGAAGAAGCCGAACCGCCCCUAACCCGAACACCCACCCCUCCCGGUACACCUCCUCACGACAGCUCCCAGCUGCGCCCCAGGCCCACCCCUCGAGCACGACCCAAACCCGCCGGCCCGCCACCACCACAACCAACUAGCGACGGCUCCAACGGUGUCUGUGUUUCUGGAUCCAAGAUUAUCUCCGAUGAAGAUGGAGAUGGAGAUGGAGAUGGAGAGGAGAGAUCUUUGACGGGACCAGGGCUGGAUCUGGUACCGGAGCUUGAGGAGGAUGAAACCACAGGAACGCUCACAGAAGAUGAACACCAAUCAGUAAGCACCGCCCUGUGAGGUGGGCGGAGUCCAGUCGUCACACAGACAAUGGAAAGCUAUGUUCCUAAUAGAAUACUAGCAUACUUACUGCACAGUGUGUUCUUACUAUUGUUAUCGAGGAUGACAUCAGUUACCUUAUGAAUAAAUAUAGGUAUUAAGCAUUCAGAUUUAUGUAAAAAAAAAAAUAUAUAUAUAUAUAUGAUCAAAUGAGUCAUCAAAGUUGCUUCAAACGUCACACUGGAGAUGGAAGGUCAAGUCAAUGCAUUGCCUUGUGGGAUAUGGUACCCAGCACAGUGUGCAUUUAUAGUAGGUCAUCUGGGUAUUCAAAGCCUACAGAAAAUAGUAGAUACAUACAGCACAAAUAGUAUGAUAGUAUGCUAUUCUGAACAUAGCUAUUCACUUUGACCCCUAUAGAGAUCUCCCACUGUCCUCACAAUGCUGGCACAUUGUAACUAUAUACCAGGAAAACAAAACAGUCUGCACAUUAACAUGCUAUACAUUCUUGAUUUCAUCCAAAAAUAGCAUAAAGCUAGUUCGGGUUUUAAUCAAGUAUGAAUGUCUUUCAAUUUAGUGAUUUUCUGCAUAACAAGGGUUUUAUAUGUGCCUUGAAAGAAACCGAUGUCUCACACAAUUCGCCUCAUGUUUUUGUUGGUUAUCAUGGUGAAUGUCUUUUUUUUCCACAUUUAUUUGAAUCAUUCCUUUUUUUCUUUCAAAUACUUUCGUUUUUUGAAGAUUUCACAAAAAUUGUAUUUAACAAAAAAAAAAAAAAAAAAAAAAAAAGCUUAAGAAACAUAAUGGUUAUACAGGUACAGUUGAUUUAAUAAAUGAAUAUGAUUUGUAUUUUUAAGUAUUUUUCCUGGGGUGCAAUACUGACUGCAAUGUAGUGUUAUGACAUGACAGUCAUUUUUGUAUUAGUUUAGUAGUUUUUAACAGUUGUAACUGUCUUUUACAGGGUUUACUUUAGUGGUGUAUAUACUAAAUAAACCCUGCGUGUACUAUUAUGAAAUACUUUAUUCUCCAAAAUGACCAAAGAUGCUUUUUUAUAUAUAUAAAAAAGCGUAUGAUCCUGUGUCAGAGCUUUAGGGGGGGUUAUUUCAUGUUGGAUGCAAUGCAAAAACAGCACUGACAACAUAAAUGUGAAUGAAAGGGUUAAUGGAUCAGUCAAGCUCAGGAACCGUCAGCUAGAAAGCCAAAGUCAUUUAGUCUUUUCAAGAGUGAGUAUGUGUCUUUAUUUCUGUGGAUAUGUUACCUUUAAUUGGCUCUUAAUUGUACAUAUUGAUUUUUUUUUCGGUUUCAUCCCCUUUUGUACAUCUGUGUGCACAUUCCCUCCAUCUGAAUUCUACUUCAUGUUCUCCAGUGCCUCCAGUGAAUAAAUGUUGGUACACAUUCAGUUUUUCAACACAGCAACUGUUUUCUGAUUAUAUAUCUAAUAAAAUGCUUACAGAAAUCAAAA